GCAAGCUCAACAGUCUUCAGGCGUACAGCUGAUCGUGAAAGACGAGACUGAAACGAGUGUAUCCCGGGACGAGCUUCUUCAAGGUCCAUCUCCGAUCAUCAUGAACGAGUGACAGAGGAUCGAUCGAGCGAUCGCGCGAAUUUUCCGCGAGUGCAAUAACAUCGGAAUGUCGUCGAGAUAGCGAGACAAAGCUCCUCCUCUUUGCCUCUCCGUCUGAAGAAUCGGACGGUCCAUUUCCAGAUACCACGCACCCCCUUUUCCCUCCUUGUCCCACUUUUGCCCCCAAAAAAAUCGAAAGAUCCGACCUCGCGAUCCGAAUUCGUCGAUUUCCAGAGAUCCAAAAAUAUCCCUUUGCUUCGGUUAAAAGAGAAAAUAUUCGUAAAAAUUGAAUACAUAUUUAAAAACAUAUAUUUUUUAUAAGAAAAGCUUUAAAUUUACAAAGCCUUUAAAGUACCCGAAGACCGGCACGUUGUAAGGAUUCGAUUGGAACUUAAAUUGUGCUUUAGAUAACUGACAUUCUUCAGGAAAAUCUAUCGAUAAAAUUUUGCAUAAAUAUUCGGAUUUUUAAUUAAAUAUUAUAAACCUAUAAAAAAAUGAAUAAAUGAUGAUUUAGAAGUCCACACUAUCGAUCGACUAAAUUCCACUGCAAAGAAUCUCCUUGAAAAUCUUGAAGGAGUUUUCAAGAUUCACAAGUUUUCUGAAAAAUUUUCCGACGAAAAGAUGCCCUCAAAUAACUCGAGAACUCUCGUAAAUUCUUUAAUAUAUCGUGAAAUCGUAAUCAUUGGUCAAUGUUGGUGAAAAUCGAAAUAUCGACACACAAGAGCUACAGAUUGGAGGCUCUUGCCGUCGCCGAGACGUUCGAUAGCCACGAGAGAUCCUUACAAUGGCCAGCGAAAAGAUAUCAGGACGAUACAGGACAUCGUUACCAGUUCCGGGUCAUUCCGAAAUAAACCUCUGCUCGGUGACGCUGCAGCUGGGCAAGGACAUCAGCAAGACCAGCAUGCCGGUCAUCUUUAACGAGCCCCUCUCGUUCCUGCAACGCGUCGCGGAGUACAUGGAAUAUGCCAAAUUACUCAAGCGAGCAUCCCAGGAGCAAUCGCCAAUCUCCAGGCUCCAGUAUGUCGCGGCUUUCGCUGUGAGUGCUCUCGCUUCAAACUGGGAACGCUUUGGAAAACCAUUCAAUCCGAUCUUAGGCGAAACGUACGAGCUUCAACGCGAGGACUUCCGGAUAAUAUGCGAACAAGUCUCGCAUCAUCCUCCAGUAUCUGCGUUUUAUGCCGAUAGUGAAGAUUUCAUCUUUCAUGGCAGCAUCCAUCCCAAGUUAAAAUUCUGGGGAAAAUCACUGGAAGUUCAUCCGAAAGGAAUUGUAACAGUCGAACUGCCCAAAUGGAAAGAGGCUUACACUUGGCAAAAUGUCAAUUGUAUCCUUCACAAUGUUCUGGUGGGACAAUUGUGGAUGGAACAAUCGGGUCCUCUGGAAAUCAGACAACAUGGAGGAGACAAUCUGAAAGCUAAACUAUGUUUUAUCAAAAGCACUUUGAACGGCAAGGACAUUCAUCGCGUCGAAGGCUUCAUAACGGAUCAGGAGAAAAGGAAGUUACUCUUUCUCUACGGCAAAUGGAUCGAAAUUUUACGAUCCUGUGAGCCUUCUUUAUACGAGGAAACACUGGAGAAGAUCAGAAUGGAGGCCAAAAGCCCGCAGGGCAGUCCAGGACACAAAAAGGUCCUGGCGAAACUCCACAGCCUCAAGGUCGGAGCUUUCAAGCCUCUGCAUCAGGAUGCGAUAGACGAGUCUUUGAGCAGUGCGGUUGUCGAUGACAUCCCAAUGGUGGACGAGAUUCCAGGAUCUAUCACACUAUGGGAAGUCACACCGAGGCCCAGCAACAGUUCGGAUUAUUAUCAGUUUACGACGUUCGCCAUGUCACUGAACGAGUUGGAACCCGCCAUGGGAGAGACUCUGUGCCCGACUGAUUCUAGAUUGAGGCCGGAUAUCCGUAAAUUGGAAAAUGGCGAUCAGGAUGGUGCCGCGUCUGAGAAAGCUAGACUCGAGGAAAAGCAGAGGGAUUCUCGCAAAGCGCGCAAACAGAAAAAAGGUCACGAUUAUGUCCCCAGAUGGUUUCAAUCCGGCAUGAAUCCUUACACUGGUCAGGAGGAUUGGUUAUAUCGGGGCGGAUAUUGGGACCGUAAUUAUGCCGAUAUCGAGGACAUCUUUUAAGAAAGUCCUUUAGCUUCCGUUAAGGCUCCGCCCGCGAAGAUCGAUAAUCGGGCAUCUCGUUAGCAAAAUUAUAAAUGAAUUGCCUAAGGACGGGCGCGUAGAUCGAUACUAAACGCCUUUUAGAGAUCGAUGUCUCUGUGUAAAGUAAUUAAAAGCGAAUCUCGCGAAUCUCCGAGCGCGACGAGAAUCGGAACCCGAACAAGUUCCUUCUCGCGUUCCUUCGGCGAGCCAAAGUAUAAUCGAACAUUGGAAAAUCCGAUCCAUAAUGUUCAGGAUUCAUAAAUUUUGACUGUACGAUUGUAUUCUUGGUUCGCCUCUUCCCGCAAACUUAUUCCGAGCACUAUUUUUAUAAGAGGCCAAGUCGAAUGAUCAGAAAGAAACGAUUCUUUUCGUAGUGUUCCUUGCUUGAAAAAACCCGCAAGGGAAAAUAUUUAUCCGAGCGCUUUUCUAUAUAAAUUGUCGACCUGUCAAUUCAAUCAACAAAUUACGUUUCGAGAUGUUUUAAUACGUGAAAAUCUUAGUUCUAUUCAAAAAUAUUCUUGUAUAUUUAUAUCAAUUAUAUACGUAAUAGAAGGAGAGAGAGAUGUACAGGGUGACCCAGACUUAACGAAUCAGCCGUUAAUGAUAGAUUCCUAAGAUAUUAUUUGGAAACGAAAAUCUUAAUACCAAAAUGUUGAGGAAGAUGUAGUUUCAGUGCUACAAAAGAUUAAGUCUGGACAUCCUGUAUAAAAUAUCUCAUCCUAUAUCGUUUGUAAGAACGCAGUCUGAAAUUAAGAGCAAGAAACGAGUCAUCUCUUAUCAAUCAGCGUGCAAACCAAACAGAGAAAAGGAAAACUUAGCGAAAGUGUCAGAUGAAAAAUCUAAAAUAGAACAGGAUUCGAUCAUCGAGCGUCGGUUUUCUUUCGCGUGAUUCUAUCAGACUCUGAGCAGGAAUCUCGUAGGCUCUUUCGUGUAAAUAUAUAGCGACUAUGUAAUAUACCUGUAAUAUACCCUAUCAAAGCCAAGAUAAAUCGAGCGACUAUUUCGAGAUUAGCUUCUCACAUCAAUCGAGCAAUAAUUAUUCGAACUUCGUGCAUUAUUUUCGACUUGAGAUCUGGAGAAAAAGAAGGUCGCAAAUUUCGAAGAGCGAUGACAAACAGGAUCCGAGGAUUUAAUGUAUCUGGAUCUAUCUGGAUCCAGAAAAGGUGGCAUUUGUCAAAGAUCUCAAGCGAAGAAGAUAGAAUGUAUUGAUAUUAUUAAAGGAUACCGUUUGUGACAACUAUAGCAAUGAGUUGAUGCGACUUCACAUGCAUUGUGUGUGAGUUUUAUCUUUCGAUGCAUCGUGUAUAUCGAGUAAAUCCAAAUUUAUAAUCCGUCGUAUCAACUUGUCAUUAUCGUUAUUUCACACGCGACAUUUCUUAAUAAUUACAAUACCGAGUAAAUCGAAUAUCGUUAAUGCAAAAGAAAACACUGCUCUACGGGAUACAAAAAGGAUCCAAUACAUACCGAAUAUGCCACGUUUCUUCCAAAUCAAGUAGAUGUAUCCUUUGCGCGAUUAUAUAGACGCCUCCUAGAAUAAAAAUUCAGAUAAACGUGUUGUGCGUGUGUUGUAUGACAAGCUUAAUUUAGGAAGGACGACAAUAAUUUGAGGUUCUCCAAGAGCCAAGCAUGUUUCAAGUCACGUUGAAAUAAAUACCCGAAUUCUAAAUCAUGCUAUAGAAUUUAUUAUAAUAAUUUAUUAUAAUAAUUUAUUAUAAUAAUU